UAUUGACAGUAAGUCGCAAAUGAUAUUUCCAUCAAGUAAGAUGGAAUCGGGCAAUCUAUUCGAUUCUACCGUUAGAGUGAAAAAAGAACCUUGGGAUGAUCAUCUCGAUGAUAUUAAUGAUGUAAUUGACACAACACCCGUUACUCAAAAUAUAAAAUACGAAAGGUUUCGGCGAGAAAAUUCAAAUCAAAUACAUCAAGAAUUUGACGGAAAUCAUGGAAAUGAACUUGACGACCUGGAAAUCGAAAUGGAAUGUACAGACAUGAAGCCCAAUUUAUUGGCAGUUGCAAAAAUUGAAGAUUAUUCUCCAGAUCAAUGGCCGGAUAGCGAUGAGUAUAAAACUGGAAGCAAAAUAAAACUAGAAACUGUCGCAACAGUGAAGAAAGAAAUUUUAAGCGAAGAAGAAACUGAUUUGAAUUUCGGACGUGGACUGAGCGAGAAAAAUGAAACAGGAAGUGUUUCAAAAGAGAUUAAAUAUAAUCAUUGGCUAAAAACUCACACUGAAUCGGCCCGUAAUGGCAAUAUUACACCUGCAUGUGAUAUUUGCGGAAAAGUGUUCAAACUAAGAGGUCAUCUCAAUAGACACAUCCAUUCGGUGCAUCGUAAAAUAAGGCAUACAUGUGAUAUUUGCGAAAAGACAUUCACACAGAAGGGUCAUAUCAAAAUCCAUAUCGAAUCGAUACAUCAUAAAAUUACGCAUCCUUGUAAUAAAUGUCCAAAGACAUUCUCAAAGAAGAGUACUCUCAAAAAUCACAUAGAGUCGGUGCAUGAUGGUAUUUCACAUGCGUGUAAUAUAUGCCCGAAGACAUACACAGACAAGAGUUGUCUCAAGAAACACAUCGAUUCAAUACAUCAUAAAAUUACGCAUCCGUGUGAUAAAUGCCAAAAGACAUUCUCAGACAAGGGUAAUCGUCAAAAACACAUCGAUGCGAUGCAUAAUAGUGUCAGACAUGCAUGCGAUAUUUGCAAAAAGAAGUUCACAUCAAAGUAUUAUCUCCAAAACCAUAUCGAUGCUGUGCACAAUGGAAUUGACUUCGCAUGUGAAGUGUGCGGAAAUAGAUUCACACUAAAAUAUAAUCUCAAAAGGCAUAUGGAUGCGGAGCACAAUGGAAUUACCCAUCCAUGUGAUAUGUGCACAAAGAAAUUUACUGCGAAAAGUAGUCUGAAAGCCCAUAUCGAUGCUGAGCACAAUGGAAUCACCUAUUCAUGUGAUUUAUGUGAAAAAAAAUAUAAAUACCAAACUCAACUCAAUAGGCAUGUCAAAUCCUCGCAUAGUGGUAUCAUACAUUCAUGCGAGACAUGCGGCAAGACAUUUGGAAAGAAAAGAAGUCUCAGAGCUCACAUCGAUGUGGCGCAUCGCUCACGCAAUCAGACCUAAUAAAUGUAUUAAAUUUAUGUUCAAUUAAGUUACAAAUUAGAAUUUAAGAUCAAGUGUAUCUCUUCAGACGACUGAAUUAAUAAUUUUUAUUAAUUGUACGAUGAAAUUCUCGGUGUUAUGUUUUUUCUGACUCUAUAAUAUGUCUUUAGGCUCUCUCCUAAAGUCCUCUUUAGCCGAGUUUUUCCCCAAUUUCACUAAAAAAUAAAUGUCGAAGUAGAAAAUCA